GGCUUUUUUGCACCAAGACCAUGGCGAGCAGCACGAACGUGAGCCAGCUCCUGCCGCACAGCGCGGGCCUCCUGAGCUGGAGCAGCUGCGGGCGGUACCUCGGUAUCGCCAAGGACACGCGGCUCAGCAUCCGCGACGCGACGCUCAACAUGGCCGUCGUCCAGGUCUACACGUGCGUCGACCUCAUCUCGAGCGUGCAGUGGGCGCCGUCCGACUCGUCCGAUGGCCUGCACCUCGUGCUCUGCGCCAUGUACAAACGCGCGCUCGUCCAAGUCUUCUCCGUGACCGACCCGACGUGGCAGUGCAAGAUCGCCGAAGGGAUCUGCGGGCUCAUUGGCGCCAAGUGGACGCCCGACACACGCCACAUCAUCACGAUUUCCGACUUUCGCAUCCACGCAACUGUCUGGUCGCUCGUUGAUGCGUCCAAGUAUGUGAUUCGCCAGCCCAAGCUCGGGACCGACGGCCUGACCUUCUCACCCGAUGGCGCGUACUUGGCCGUGGCCGAGCGCGCCGACUGCAAGGACAUGCUGGGCAUCUACAACGUUGGGUCGUGGGAGAUGGUGUCGCAUUUCGAUGUGGCGAGCUACGACCUGGUCGAGGUGCAGUGGACCUCGGACGGCCGCGCGAUUUGCAUUCGGGAUACGUUCCUCGAGUACCGACUGCUGUUUUACGCUCCGGACGGGUCGCUUCUCCAGUCGUACGAGGCGUACCAGCACGCACUCGGCGUCAAGAGUCUAGCGUGGUCCCCCACGGGGCAGUUCCUCGCUGUUGGGAGCUACGACGAGCGCGUGCGCAUUCUCAGUCACAUGCACUACAAGCCCGUGGCCGAGCUUGAGCACCCGAGCAGUAUUGCUGCGUCGCGCGCCCGAUCCGACCCGGUGAUGGUGUACGAAGAGGUAGCCCCAGGACGAGCGAGCAAGUCCCUCGUGUUCCAAGCCGCAGCACUGCCCCAUGUCGUCACGACCGUGCAGCCUGACCCACUGAAAGAGUCGCCGCGGCUGGGCGUUGGUGCCAUGACCUGGAGCCAUGAUGCAACGCUGCUUGCGACGCGAAAUGACAAUAUGCCGCACCACAUUUGGAUCUGGACGACGCAGACGAUGGAGCUCCACACCGUCCUCGUGUUGACCAAACCGGUCAAGACCUUUCGAUGGAGCCCGAAUGCGUGCACGCUUGCAUUCGCCUGCGCCAACAACCGCGUCUGUCUCUGGUCGUCGGCCGGCGUGACGUGGAUCGAAGUCGCCGACGAGGCAUUGGCCAUCUUGAGCCUUCGGUGGCACCCGACGGACGGCCGGCAUUUGCUCGCGCUCGGCAAGUCAGAUUUUUGCUGUCUCUAUUUCCCCGACGCGACAGCUACGACGUCGUGAAGAGUCCCUCUCGAGGGAUUUAUACUAGUAGUAGACGCCUCAACCCCAGCAUCUCUCCCUUUGCAGGCUCCAGUGUAGCCAAGUUACCACCAAAAUACUAGUAGAGUGUAGGAGUUUCAUGUGAUUUUGUUUUUGACGGUCCU